CUCCCAAUUAUCCAGAUCGUAUUGCACUUUCGACUUCUUCUUUUAUUACUACAAGAUCCUAAAGGAUUUUCGUACAUUUACCCUACACAUUUUCGAGUCUUGGACUGGUCCACCGGCGAAUUUCUGGGUUCUUAUUCUGCACGCUAUGGCCACGCUACAUCUAAAUGGCACCACCAAUGGGGUGCAGUCUCCUAAUAGUAAAACCACGAAGCCUAGGUUCUUCGAGGAUUAUGGCAUUUGGAAGCAGGCUCCUAUCUUGACUGGAUCCACAAAGUUUGAUACCCUACCGGAUGUUAAGAAUAUUAUGAUCACUGGCGGUGCCGGUUUCAUAGCUUGUUGGCUCGUUCGUCAUCUCACCUUGACCUACCCUGAGGCCUACCAUAUCGUGUCCUUCGACAAAUUGGAUUAUUGCUCAUCUUUGAACAAUACCCGCAUGCUCAAUGAUAAGCGAAAUUUUACUUUCUACCAUGGAGACAUCACCAACCCUUCAGAAGUGCUCGAUUGUAUGGAGCGCUUCAACAUCGACACCAUAUUCCAUUUCGCAGCUCAGUCACAUGUCGACUUGAGUUUCGGGAACUCAUAUGGGUUUACUCAUACGAACGUGUAUGGCACUCACGUUAUGUUGGAGAGUGCGAAGAAGAUUGGAAUUAAGCGAUUUAUCCACGUGUCUACCGAUGAAGUAUACGGAGAGGUAAAAGACGACGACGAUGACUUGAUGGAGGGAAGUAUUCUGUCCCCGACUAAUCCUUAUGCCGCGAGCAAAGCUGCCGCCGAAAUGCUUGUUCAUUCUUACAUGAAGAGUUUCAAGCUCCCAGUCAUUAUUGUCAGAAGCAAUAACGUCUAUGGGCCGCAUCAAUUCCCCGAAAAAAUAAUUCCCAAAUUCAUCUGCUUGUUGAACCGGCAGAGGCCCACAGUGCUCCAUGGAGAUGGGAGUCCUACCCGAAGAUAUUUAUAUGCUGGCGAUGCGGCUGAUGCAUUUGAUACAAUCUUACAUAAGGGCACUCUCGGCCAGGUCUAUAAUGUAGGAUCACAUGAUGAGAUAUCUAACAUCCAACUAUGUAGAAUGGUGUUGAAAGAGAUGGAUAUUCCCUACGAGAGCCAAGAGGACUUCAACAAGUGGGUCAAAUAUACGCACGACAGGCCGUUUAACGAUCAUCGAUACGCCAUCGAUGCUACUAAACUUCGACGUCUCGGUUGGGAUCAGAAGACGUCCUUCGCUGACGGGUUGAAGAUCACCGUUGACUGGUAUAAGCGUUUCGGCGAAGAAUGGUGGGGUGACAUUAGCAAAGUCCUCAGCCCUUUCCCGAUCGUCGUGGAAGCCGAAGUGAUGUCCGAUAAAGAGGAGAUAUGCGAUGAGCCUCAGUUACCAAAGAAACGAAAGUCACCUGGAUAAUGGUAAUGGAGCCGAGACCCACUUCCGGAUUGGAAUGAUGACCUCCAUACGUUUCCGGUACGACAGAAAAUACGUGGUUUGGGAGUUAUGGUAAAUCCGGGCAACGAAUCGUAUGGUUUUAGGAUUUUAGAGGGCGUCGUUUUAUGUGGCGUCUUAGACCGAAGAAGAUAUAAGCGACAAGAAUAUUGCCAUUGCUGGUUACUUAAAGGGAUUAUUUCGUCAAGUAUUUGAUAAAGCUAUUAGACGAUGGAAGUUUAUAAUGAACUCACAGCAAACCUACCGCUAUAAGCUACUAUGAUGUUACCCAGAUGCG